AUACGUUUUGUUUUUUGUUUGUGAAGGAGGGGCGUUUAUUUUGUUCAUGUCCAAUGAGUCAGCCAAUGAUUAAAGGGCUUUUUCUUCGACAGAGGCAGGUUCCGCGUCAGCUUGUAUUGUCUGAAGGCGGACAUGUCUCCGAAACAGCUGCUGGCUGGUGUCCUGUUUGUCGCUCCGUUUAUUUACUGGAGCCCUGGCUUGCUGCUGAAUGUGCUGCUGCUGCUGGUUUUCAGCUGGUGGCUCCGUGCCCCGGUCACUGAGGGGAACACCGACCAGCUGGACCAGCUGGACCCCAGGCCGGAUUGCGGGGACCAGGCAUUGUCUGAGACAACGGAGGAGCUGGUGGUGGAAGUAGGCCAACCUCAAGAUCAUGUGGAUGCACCUGAUAGGAGAGAGCAGAAUUCAGUUGUGCUUGAUCCAGGCCUUCAACAGUCCCUCAGGAAAGUGUUUGAGUGCAGUUACUCACAGUUCAUCUUGUUAUGGUACAAUCCACCCGAACCCCGAGAAGAUCAGCCACUCUACCAAGUCCUGUUCCAUGAGUUCACCUUGGCUGUAGAUCAUGCAGUCUUGAAGAUCAGGAAUCUGGACCUCACCAGAAUAGAAAUCGGAUUGAUUCAAACAUUUGCCAAGCAUUUGAAAUCUGCCAAGAAGGGAAAGCAGAGGGAGAAGAUGUUCCAAACCCGACAAGAGGAGGUCUUUUUCCUGAGGAAGGCUGCAGAAACCCUGAUGUGGAAUCUAGUUCCGGAUUCAUUGUGGAAAUUAAACACUUAUCAGCAACUACUGAAGGAAGUUGUUGCUCUGAAAGUUUUGGAGGAAGUGAUAAAUAUGGUCUGUGAUCCGGAUUUUAUCAAUCAGACAUUGAUCAAAUUUCUGGAUAAAGAUUCAGGUGAAACUAAAGAAGUUAAAGACAUUGAAAACCCUCCCCAGAAAAUGGGAGCAAGUAAUGAAAUCAAAAAUUGUAAUAUUCCUAAGGAAAACAAGAAAAAGAAAUCAUACAAAAAGGCAUUCAAUUCAAAGUUUUCAAAAAUAUUUAAGAGAUCCAAAAAGAAGGGUGCUGAAACCAGUUCAUCAUUUGGCCACACAGAUGAAGUUGAUGGAGAGUCUUGUUCUGAACUUGAAGCUGUUGACCAGAGCUUUAGAUCAUUUUCUACAGAUGUGGAAGACAGUGUUGACGAUUCUGCAGAAGAAAAAGACAUCAAAUUUCCUGAUGAGAUGCUUGAAUGGCUGAAAGAAAACCUUCUUAUUACCACUGAAAAUGAAGAAUCAUCACUAAGAAACUGCAAGAUCACUAUUUCAAUGGUACUUUGGGAUGAAAUAGAGAAUCCAACUUGUGUAAUAGAUAUAGAAAACGUGGAAGUUGCAGAGGAAUGCUGGUCUAUUGAGAGAGAAUACCAUGAAUUUGAGGAACUUCAGAAAGAGCUCAGUAAGACAUUCGACACUUUGGUUGAAACAAAGCUACCAUCAAUCAAUAGUGUGAAACCUGACACCAUCGACGAUAAAUUCAAGGAAACUAUUGAAUGUCAACUAAAUGGAUUUUUAAAGAAGCUGGUGUCUGAAGAGUCCAUUUUGUAUAACGAGAGUACCCGCAAAUUCUUCUCGGCCAGUGAUGAGCUUCGAGAAUAUUGGGGGCUAUUAAAAUCUCUGUUCAACGAGGAUGAUGAGGUGAUUUGUACAGGAAGUGGUACUUCAGAAGACCCAUGUAACACUGAUGUGGGUGAAGAUGAGCCUUUGGAAACAGAUCCAGAAAACACAGAGAUUCCGAACCAUAAGUCCGUAGAAUCACUACCUUCCGAAAUACUUAGUGAAGACUCUGAAUCAGAUUGUGGCUUCAGAUUGCUGUCAGGUACUUCUAAAAAGAAAGUUGCAGGUAGAGUCAGCAUUUCCAGCAGGAAGAGGAUAAAUGGACUAUCUUGGGGAAAGAUUCCACAAACUUCAGAACGGACAGAAUGCCUCACAAACGAGGUUCAGAAGCUCUUGGAAGAAUUGUUUUGUACAGAUGAUUAUUUUCUCAACAAAUUAUUUCUGAGAGUUGCAUUAAAUUUUGUCCGGACAUGCAAAAGGAAAUAUAUUCAGAAAAGGCUGGACCAGUUCUUCAGUAAGGAACAGAUGAUUCUGUAUGUGGACUGUCUCAGAGAGACAUUGUGGCCCAAUGGAAAACCUGCGGGGCCACCUCCAGAAAGAUCCCUUGAAGAGAAAACCUCUGCUAAAGAAAGAGCUGAGGAACUACUACAGGAGAAAGUUUCAGAUUUAAAAAUGCCUUCAGCUUUUUUUCCUUUUAAAGAAAUUGUGCAACGUUUGUUACCCAUAUUUCAAGAUGUGGAAACUAAUAAGAGACUUGUAUAUAACAUGCUGAAGUUUUUGUUGUCUGAAAUCACAACUGGGGCAAAGGAGUCUUGGAAACCUGAUGUGAUACCUUGUUCGAGAAGAUUAAAUGACAAUGAGCUAAAUGAUAAACCACUGUGAGAGCAACCAAAUUGGAAAAAAAAAAUUGCCUUGAAACAAAUGAUGAUAUUCAUAAACAAUUGAAAAUGUUAGGGGGAUGCUGUUCUUCUGCAGACUACAGAGGUUCCCCCCAACUCAUUUGACCGCUUGACAAUGAAAUGACAAUGAAAUGUUUUAUAGAUAUUUUCUAAUCAAUCUGUUUAUGGAUAUUAGAACACAGCUCUGGAGCAGGUGCUACUUGAGCCCAGGCCUCCUGGCUCAGAGAUAGGGAUACUACACAAGUCCAUGAAAUGCUUUCCAUGCUGGUAGGAUUGGCAAUGCUUAUUCAUCAAUGAAUCCACUUCUGUGCCAGAUAUUGAAACAUGUAUCUUCCAGGUUUUUUUUAAUACUUCAGGAUUAAUGACCACUUGUGACUUAGUACUGUUUGCUCUACAUUGGCAGACAAUCCACAAACACUUUAAACAUAGUGUUUACACAAAGUAUUGAGUUAUUUCUAAGGCAUGUUUUCAAGUCAGUUAAGCAGCAUGGUGGCUCAGUGGUUAGCACUGCUGCCUCACAGCACCAGGGUCCUAGGUUCAAUUCCAGCCUCGGGCGACUGUCUGUAUGGAGUUUGCACAUUCUCCCCGUGUCUGUAUGAGUUUCCUCUGGGUGCUCUGUUUUCCUCCCGCAGUCCAAAGAUGUGCAGGUCAGGUGAAUUGGCCAUGUUAAAUUACCCAUAGUGUUAGGUGCAUUAAUCAGAGGGGGUGAAUUGCUCUUCGGAGGGUCAGUGUGGAUGUUUUGGGCUGAAGGGCCUGUUUCCACACUGUAGGUAAUCUAAUCUAAGAACAUUCUGAACCACUCCUUUCCACCAUGUGUACAAAGAAUACCGUCUGCCUCUGAUUGUUACUCUGUGGAAAUUUCUUUUGAUGCGCUGAAAAUGUCUCUUCAUGGAGACAUGUGUCUGAUCCAAUGUCACUAUGUCUUUGACCAAAGUUGUAAAUCAGAAUGUAAUUUCAUUGAUUUGCUUCCUGUACUUAAUGUUUUUCUGAGACAUUUUACUCCUUUACAAGCACUGUAUUGAAGUAUAUUUUUUGUGAACAGAUUCAUAAUCCUUAGUUUAUUUUUAAGAGUCAACAAAAUUUUAUAGAAUUUGAUUCCUAUAGAUGAUGUAUGAGGAGCUCCAUGUUUAGAAUCGUUGGAGUUAGUAGAUCACUAGACUGGGGCAGGAAGGGAUAGCGUACACAAAAAUAGAAAUUCAGCAGCUAAUAGAGUUAAAGGGGGACAGAAUGGUAAAAAGACAAAAUUUGAAUGGACAUCACAUUUAGAACAAAAUAAAUGAACCAGCAGCAUAGAUAGAGGUAAUGGGUAUGAUCUUAUAGCCACAAUGGAGAUAUGAUUAUGCUAGGAGAUCAACCAGGAACUAAAUAUUCAGGGCCAUGUGACUGUUUGAAAGGAAAGACAGGAAGGUAUAGAUGAUGGGAUAGCUUUGUAAGCGUGGGAUGGAAUAAAUAUGAUAGCAAGAGAUGAUCUUGCAUUGAAAGAUGUAAAUGUGUGGAGAUAAUAAAUAAGAGGAAGAAGACGUUGGUGGGAGUAAUCUAUGGGCCUCCGAGCAGUAGCUACACUGCAACACAGAAUAAAUCUGGAGAUAAUGAGGGCAUGUCAGAAGGGGGUCAUUGUGCAUCAAUCACAAAAAGCUAGCAUCUAAGUUCAGUAGGUAAUUAGGAAGGUAAAUGGGAUGUGAGCCUUUCAUUCAAAGGGAAUGGAACACAAAAAUAGGGAGGUCACUAAAAGGUACUAAAUUGACUACGCCUAGAAUAUUGUGAAUAGUUUGGUCCCCAUAUCUAAGGAAAAAUAUAUUGGCAUUGAAGACAAUGCAGAGCGGGUUCACUUGGUCAAUGUCUGCUACGCAGAGCUUUUCUUGAGAGGUUGAGUAAGUCAGGCUUGUACCCAUUGGAAUUUAGAAGAGAGAGAAGUAACCUUAUUGAAACAAACAACUUCUUAGGGGGCUGAGGGAAGAUUGGUUCCCUCAGUAUAAGAGUCUAGAAUGAGAGGCCAUUCUCAAAGUAAGAGAUUGCCUGUUUAAGACAUAGCUGAGGAGGUAUUUCUUUAAGGGUGAUGAAUCUGUGGGAUUCUUUACUGCAGACAGUUAUUGAGGCUGGAUCAUUAAUUAUAUUCAAGACUGAGAUAGAGACUUUUUUAAUAAAUAAGGGAAUCAAAGGGAAAAUGCAGGAAAGUAAAGUUGAGAAUUAUUAGAAACAAAAGCAGAAGUGGCUGGAAAAGCUCAACAGGUCUGGCAGCAUCUGUGAAUAGAGAUCAGAGUUAAUGUUUCGGGUAUGGUGACCCUUCCUCAGAACAGUUUUUAUUGAGGAUUAUUAGGUUAGCCGUGAUUUCAUUGAACAACAGAGCAGACUCAAUGGGCUGAAUGGCCUACUUCAGCUUCUAUGUCUUAUGGUAUAAAUAGAAUAUUUCAAGUGGAUUAACAUUUUAGGAGAGAUGUGUUCCUCUGUUAUGUAUUGUCAGUCCUGGAAAUUGAAUAUUGUCUGCUGGUCAGAACCUUUUAUCAAGCGUCAGGUAUUUUGCCACAAAUACCAAGAAUACUGAAGAAACUCAACGUCUGGAGAAACUUGUCAGUUCUGCAGAGUUUCUGCCGCAUUCUAUGUUUGCUUCAGAUUCCCAGGAUCCACAAUAUUCAGAAACUUUGAACUUAUUGACUGCAAUUUUAUGUGUAAUAUUUUAAAGGUAUUUGGGUGUACUUCAACAUUUGAACUUGUAAGUGUACUUUUCAAAUGUAUUCCUUAGCCUAUUUUAAGUUUCAGUUUAGUUCAAUGAUAGAUCACUUGCCUCCUGGAUUCAUACCUCAGUCCAUGGAUUUGAGCACAUUAUCCAGACUGGUGCUACUGCAGUUACUUAGGGAGUGCUGCCUUAUCAGAGGUGCUGUCUGAUAUAUGCAAUGUUGAAUGAGAUCCUGUCUGGCUCUUCGAUGGACACAAAAGGUUUCUUGAUGCUUUUUCAAAAGAGCAAAGUAGUGCCUGAGACCUACAACCAGCAAUACAGUGAAGAGCUGACAAGAACAUUAACUUAUUACUAUGCACAAGUUGAUUCCUGCAUUUCCCUCAGCUGGGAUUAUAUUUCAAAAUGAAUGAAUUGGUUGUAAUUCGCAUUGAGAUAUCCUGAACACACACAAGGUCCUAUAUAAGUACAAGUCACUUAUUUAAAUUCAACAGUGUGCUGAGUGACUAAAUUUUAAUUGAACACAUUGGGACUAGAGAUGUCAACUUUCAGAUAUUGUAUUACUGCACUUUCUGAAUAUAUACAUAAAUAAACCAAACAUUGUUGUAAAUCGUACUCUUAAA